ACCAGUCCACCACCACCAUGGCCUUCUCCUCUUCCACUCUCUCCCCACAUUCCUCCACCAACCACCCUCUCAUUCUCUCCCGCUCUCCCCUCUCUUCACUUCCCAAAACCACCACCGCCACUUUCCUCACCACCUCAUCAUCAUUUCGACCUCUCCCAUUCCACAACACCACAACCACAAUCCAAUGCGUCGACAAAGCUUCAAGUCUCGACCCCAAGACCGGAGUUGCAGUCUACAAGCCCAAGUCCUAUGAGGUUCUCGUCACUGACGCUGCCAACUCGCUUGCCUAUGCUCUUGAAGAUGGCAAGACCCGCUUGGAGAUUGACUUCCCGCCCCUUCCUAGCAACAUAUCUUCCUAUAAGGGGUCUUCAGAUGACUUCAUUGAUGCCAAUGUUCAACUUGCCUUGGCUGUUGUACGGAAGCUAAAAGAAAGAAAGGAGACGAGAGUUUGUAUUGUGUUUCCGGAUAAGCCAGAGAGGCGCAGGGCCUCUGAGCUGUUUAGAACAGCUAUCGACUCGAUUGGUGAUAUAACCAUAGGUUCCCUUGAUGAUGUUCCUGGUGGUCCAGUCACCAUGUUUUUCAGAUCCAUAAGGAACACACUUGAUUUUGAUUUCGAAGAUGAAAAUGAAGGUCGCUGGGCAUCCAAUGAGCCUCCUUCUCUUUAUAUGUUCAUUAAUUGUAGCACGCGCGAACUUGCUGGAAUUGAGAAGUUUGUGGAACAAUUUGCCAUGUCAACCCCAUCACUUCUAUUCAAUCUCGAACUCGAUACGUUGCGUGCUGACUUGGGUCUUGUGGGGUUUCCAACCAAGGAUUUACAUUAUCGGUUUCUUUCACAAUUUAUUCCAGUGUUCUACAUUCGAAUAAGAGAGUACUCGAAGACAGUAGCAGUAGCGCCUUAUAUUGUGAAUUACAAUGGAGCAUUAUUUCGCCAAUACCCUGGGCCUUGGCAGGUAAUGCUUAAACAAGCAGAUGGUUCUUUUGCUUGCGUAGCAGAGAGUGCAACACGCUUCACUCUGGGUGAAACAAAAGAAGAACUGUUGAGGGUCUUGGGACUUACAGAAGAAGAAGGAAGCUCACUGGAAUUUCUUCGUAGAGGCUACAAGUCUGCUACUUGGUGGGAAGAAGAUGUUGAGUUGGAAUUGUCUUCUGCUUGGCGUAAUUGAGCAGCAGAAAGAGCUGGGUGCAGAAUGCGAGUGUUCCAAUGGUUGGGUGGGAGGCCAGUGCCCCAGUCAAUUGGACGGCAGAUCAGUUCUCAAAUGUAAUCUGGGCAUGAAUACUCUCUGGGAUUUUAAUGGUCUUGUGAUCCUAUGAUGCUCAUCAAAAUGAUUAACUUGUACAAAAUGGCGAGUUCUCAGAGGUUAGUACAUAACCCCUUUCUGAAAAAGUGAUAAUUCUGUGCAUAGUA